AUGCUCACCAUGGAGACCCAACUAUCUGGCAUCAAUCUCGAUGACAGCCGAAGCAAGGCCAUCCUCAUCGUGACCUCCGUCUUUCUCGGCAUCUCUCUCCUGAGCGUCAUCCUGCGAUGUGUCGUGCGCACUCGCAUCGUGCGCGCAUUCGGGUGGGAUGAUGGGGUCAUGCUGUUGGCGAUGUGCUGGUGGAUUGGACAACUCUUCUACGUCUUGACAUGUGUCGCCGCCAAGGUCUCGAUCAUCAUCGCCCUACUCCGCAUCACCGUGGACCGCAUCCACGCCUACAUUCUUUACGCCGCCAUGAUCCUGGCCUCGGUCGUGGGCGCCAUCUUUUUCUUCUUCACCAUCUUCCAAUGCGCCCCCGUCGACUUCUUCUGGAACCGGGCGCAACCGGGCGCCUCGGGCAAGUGUGUCAGUAACGACGUUCUGAUCGACAUCGCCUACCUGUACAGUGUUGGCGCGGCCAUCACCGAUUUGACCAUUGGACUGCUCCCGGUGGCGCUGAUCUGGAAUCUGCGCAUGAACACGCGCAACAAGUGUGCCAUUAUCGGGAUUUUGGGCGUUGGUUGCAUUGCCGCAGUCAUUAUCCGCAUUCCUUUCGCUCACCACUACAAAGACCGCGAGUUCUUAUAUAAUACCUACCAAAUCUCCAUCUGGUCCAACGUCGAAGCCGGCCUUGGCAUUACAGCCGGGUGUCUGACCACCCUGCGCCCCCUCGUCCGAUUCCUCCGUGAGGGCUCCUCCGCCGGCCCUAGUCGCACGCCCCCCUCCUACCCUCUCGCCAGCAAUGUCGCCGGGCAUCGUUCGGCGCGGUCCAAGCGCGAGUCGCGCGAUGACCAACUCUGGACUGGCCGAGAGAGCGAUGAUUACCACGGGAUCACCACGACUAUCAUGGGCAGCCGACAAAAGGCGCCCACUAGUUCCGAAGAGGAUCUGAAUCCGUCCCGGGCGGGCGCUGAAUCCCCAGGCUGGAAAGUCGAGAGGUCUGUCCGCGUGUCUGUGCGUAAUUCAUGA